AUGGCUGCGCGGUGGCUCGCCGGUUUGCUGGUCGCCGUUAUUGCAAUUCGUGUCGACGCCGCCGACAAGCAAAAACAAGCGCCCCUUAAUAAGGCGGCCUGUCCCAACUAUGCCAGCUACGCCACCUUUCCACAUCGCCCUCUGAGCACCGGCAAGCUGCAGCUGCCCUUCCAACGACCAACCGCCGAAUGCCGUACGUUUCACUCGGAUGCCAUUGAGGCUGUCAUCCACGAUGUCACCUCACGCAUGACGGACGCGGACCUGGCCCGGCUCUUCGAAAACGCCUUUCCCUCGACCACGGACACGACGGUCAAGUUCCACAGUAAGGAAAAAGACCAGGCUUUCGUCCGACUGACGGGCUCGGACUGGGCCGCCGACGAGGACGCCUGGCACGGGCCGCAGAGCUUCGUCAUCACCGGCGACAUUAUUGCCGAGUGGCUGCGUGACUCGACCAACCAGCUACGCCCGUACCAGGAGCUCGCCGCCCAGGACCCGGCCCUCUUUACUCUCAUACUCGGCGCCAUCAACACCCAGUCUGAGUACGUCAUUGCCGCACCGUACUGCAACGCCUUUCAGCCGCCGCCCAUCAGCGACCUGCCCGUCACGGCCAACGGCCAGGAGGACGUUGUCUACCCGGCCUAUGAGCCUAGCGCCGUUUUCGAGUGCAAGUACGAGCUCGACUCGCUCGCACACUUUCUAAAGCUUGGCAACGACUUUUACGAACACACGGGCUCGACCGAAUUUGUCACCAACCGGUGGCUGUUGGCGGUCGCGGCCGUCCUCGGCGUCCUGCGGGAGCAGUCGCAGCCGACAUUUGACAACGACGGCAAGUAUGUGCGCAACAGGUACACCUUUCAGCGCACGACCAAUACGGGCACCGAGACCCUCAACCUGGCCGGCGUGGGCAACCCCCUCAACGACGGCACCGGCCUCGUGCGCUCCGCGUUUCGCCCCAGCGACGACGCCACGAUUCUCGGCUUCUUCAUCCCGGCCAACGCCAUGAUGUCGGUGGAACUGGGACGUGCUGCGGCGAUGCUGAGCAAGAGUGGCAAGGGCGCCAAGGUUGGAGCGGAACUGGACAACUGGAGUAAGACGAUGCGCAAAGGUGUCAUGGAGCACGGCAUCGUUGAGCACAAGACCUUUGGCAAGGUCUUUGCGUACGAGGUGGAUGGCUUUGGCUCGUCCAUCAUCAUGGAUGAUGCGAACUACCCUUCGCUACUGGCUUUGCCUCUGAUGGGCUUUGUCGAGGUCAACGACACUGUUUACCAGAAUACACGCAAGAUGCUUCUGACCAAAAAAGGAAACCCAUACUACCUUACAGGAAAGAAGUUUAAGGGUAUUGGAGGCCCCCAUAUCGGCUUGAAGAAUGCCUGGCCCAUGAGCUUGCUGGUCCAAGCCCAGACAUCCGACGACGACGAAGAGAUUAUGGAGUGCAUCAACAUGGUCCUGAGCGCGUCUCCUAAAGGCCUUGUCCACGAAAGUGUCGACGUCAACUACAUUGCCCAAUACACGCGGAGCUGGUUUGCUUGGGCCAACGGCGUCUUUGCCGUCACCAUUCUCGACUUGGCCAAGCGCAAACCACACCUCAUCUUUGGACCUGGUGCAGAGCCCUACCAUAUCGGUACAGCUUCAGGAAAAGCAUAA